GGUUAUCGCGCAGGGAACUUUGGCUUUUUGUCGUCUUCCGAGGGUGAACCUGUCUACUUUUGACUGUACUAGAAAUAUUUCCAGUUCAGGGCUUUUGAAAAAUGGGGGAUCAUCUGGUGCUUUGUAUGGAUCGCCUUAUGACUACUCAGACCGUGGGGGUAAAGCCGGUGGGCGAGCAGUUGGUGUCUCCUACCUCCAUGACCACACAUGGUAAGGGGAAGGUGGAAAAGGUCGUUGAUGAGGAAGAGGAGCCGUUGCUUCAGUUGGUCGAGUGCCGUAUUUGCCAAGAGGAGGAUCAUAUCAAGAAUCUUGAGAAUCCCUGUGCUUGUAGUGGUAGUCUAAAGUAUGCUCAUAGGAAUUGCGUGCAGCGAUGGUGUAAUGAGAAGGGGGAUAUAACGUGUGAGAUAUGUCAUGAGAAUUACAAGCCUGGUUACAACGCACCUCCUCGCUCGUCUGAUGAGACCACCAUUGAUAUAAGUGAGGACUGGACCAUCACUGGUGCUCAUCUGGACUUGCGUGACCCCAGUUUUCUUGCAAUGGCAGCAGCUCAGCGCCACUUUCUUGAAGCUGAGUAUGAUGAUUAUGCAACUACUAAUGCUAGUGGUGCAACUUUCUGCCGCUCUGCCGCACUAAUUCUGAUGGCACUUCUGCUGCUGAGACAUGCAUUGAGUGUCAGUGGUGAGGGAGAUGAUGAUGCUUCCGCCUUCUUUUCGCUCCUUUUGCUGAGGGCUGCGGGCUUUCUUUUGCCAUGUUACAUCAUGGCCUGGGCUAUGAGCAUCUUGCAGCAGAGAAGACGAAGGCAGCAGGAAGCAGCAGCUCUCGCGGCCACUGAAGUCGCAUUUAUUCUAAGAUCUGGACAAGGCAGUAACUUGCAGUUCGCCAUUGCACCUGACUCACCUGCUACUCCUCAGCAAGGUUCACACCAAUAGAGUUCAUUGAUGAGCACCCGUGCAGUUGUGUUUCUUUGAAUCGAUAAGCUCAGCAUAUUAUUGUCGUUUUAAGGGCUAUUGAAGCUUUUUUGGUUUCAUUUCUACAAAUAUAUUCAUUUUAAGUUGAAGCAUUUCACAUAUGUAAAAUUAGGGUGGUAGUUGGCUUGUAAAUACUAUGAAAUUCUGAGGGUCAAAUGAAAUCCUUUUUUACCGUUUUGAUGAUUCGAUUUG